AUGGACCGAGCGUCAAGCUCCAGCCCCACGGGUCAGACAUCUCAGCCUGGCCAACAAGAAACAAUCAGCUUCGGCAUCGAUCAGAUCCUCAGCGGUGGAGAGCCGGAGAGCCAAAAACAACGUCAACAACAACAACAACAGCAACAGCAGCAACAACAGCAACAGAACUCAACACAGAACAGUCCGGACAGCGCACACGGUCACCGGACGGCCAGUCCGAGUCCUUACCCUGCUCUCUCGGGAGCUUUUCACGGUCUGGCCACUUCUUAUGAUGAAUCCGGUGCGUACGGGCCAAACUUUGCUCUGGCGCCCGGCGGUGUGAUCAGAGUCCCGGCGCACAGACCUCUCACCGCCGCCGUGCCGCCCACUGUCCCCGCGCUCAGCGGCAUCGGCUUCCCCUGGAUGGAGAGCAGCCAACGCUUCGCCAAGGACCGCUUUGCAGCUGCCCUGACGCCUUUCACCGUGGUUGCACGGCGGAUCGGUCACCCGUACCAGAACCGGACGCCGCCCAAGAGGAAGAAGCCGCGCACGUCGUUCUCGCGCGCGCAGAUCUGCGAGCUGGAGAAGCGCUUCCACCGGCAGAAAUACCUGGCGAGCGCAGAGCGCGCGGCUUUAGCCAAGACCCUCAAGAUGACCGACGCGCAGGUUAAAACGUGGUUCCAGAACCGGAGGACAAAAUGGAGACGGCAGACAGCGGAGGAGCGCGAGGCCGAGCGACAGCAGGCCAACCGUCUGAUGAUGCAACUUCAGCACGACGCCUUUCACAAGUCUCUGAGUGAGCCGCUGCCGGCCGACCCGCUGUGCAUGCACAACUCGUCCCUUUUCGCCCUGCACAACCUGCAGCCUUGGGCCAGCGAAGAGGGUGCCAAGCUUACCGCGUUGGCGUGA